UUAUAUACUCGUAUAAAAUGUAGCAAAUUAGAGCAUAGACGGUCAGUUUCUACUGCGCUUUGCUUCUAAUUAAAUCAGUGACUCCUGCAAAGUUAUUUCGCUGCAUUCAAUAUGUUUCUUCUGCUAUUAAUUGCCGCUUGUACGCUCGCAUUUUUCUACAUCAAAUGGAAUUACACAUACUGGCAACGCAAGGGCUUCCCUUAUUACGAGCCCAAAAUCCCGUUUGCUGUACUCGACAAAGUUUUUAAGCGCGAAGCUUCCUUAGGCAUUGCUGUCUACGAUGUCUAUCGCACUACCAAGGACAAAGUGCUCGGCAUUUACCUUAUGACACGUCCUGCCUUGCUUGUGCGCGAUGCUCAGCUGGUGAAGAAUAUAUUAGUAAGGGAUUUUGACAGCUUUCACGAUCGCGGUGUGCAUGUGGACGAUGAAAAGGAUCCACAAUCAAGUGGUGGUCUUUUCUUUUUGAAAGGGCAGGAUUGGAAAAGCUUACGCGUCACAAUGACUCCUUUAUUCACAUCGGGCAAAUUGAAGGCGAUGUUUGGUACGGUGGAAGAUGUUGGUGAUAAAAUGGUAAACUAUUUAAAUGGACAACUGCCGGACGAGGGUGCUAAGGAAGUGGAAUUGAAGAAACUAAUGAGCACCUAUGCCAUAGACAUAAUCGCCUCAGUGUUUUUUGGGCUGGAAGUAAACAGCUUUGUGGAGCCAAAUAAUGUUAUGCUGAAUGUUAGCCGCAAAAUCAAUGAACCCACAUUUGGAAGUGUGGUGCGGGGAACUUGCCAAUUUUUAUAUCCUGGCUUGGAGAAGCUGUUCAUACGUUUCGGCUGGCGUGAGGAGGCACCGAAUAUGAUGAGGGAGAUCGUACAACGCACCAUACAAAUGCGCGAAGAGCAAAAUAUCUCACGCAAAGAUAUGCUCCAGCUGCUAAUGCAACUGCGCAACAAAGGGCAAAUUAACGAUGACGACAAUGACUGGUCCGCAAAAGCUGGAAAGGAUGGGCCAAAGCACAUGUCCAUCGAAAUCAUUGCCUCCAAUUUGUUCCUCUUUUAUGUGGCGGGUUAUGAGACAACCGCUUCCACUGUUGCCUUUACCGCCUUUGAGCUGGCGCAAUAUCCAGAAGUGUUGGAAAAGGCACAGCGCGAUGUUAGAGAGGUGUUGGAAAAACAUGGCAAUAAGUUCUCAUAUGACGCGAUACAGGAUAUGAAAUACUUGGAUUUGUGCAUAAUGGAAACCACACGCAAGUACCCAGCUUUGCCAAUUCUCAAUCGACAGUGCACCCAGGACUAUCCAAUUCCAAAUAGCGAUCUGGUGAUCAAAAAGGGUACACCCAUUAUUAUUCCGUUAUUGGGAUUGCAUCGCGAUGCACAAUAUUUCCCUGACCCUAUGCGUUGGGAUCCUGAGCGAUUCGAGAAAAAAGAAUACGAUGCCACUGCAUUUAUGCCAUUUGGCGAAGGCCCAAGGCAUUGUAUUGCACAACGCAUGGGCAGAGUAAACGCCAAAGUUGCCUUAGCGAAGCUUCUGCUCAAUUUCAAUAUCGAAUUAAAUCCAGUUCGUAAAGAGAUAGAAAUUGCUAACUUCGGCAUACCCAUCCAGGCCAAAGGUGGCGUAAAUGUGCGUCUAUCGAAACGGAAAGCAUCGCAGGUCGCAUAACUUAAACUUUUUAAGAUACAUAGAUAUGUAGAUAUGUUCCUUAAAGCAACUGUUUUUUCUUUUACUUAAACAAAUAAAUAUAAGUAUGUGAAUCUUUGUAAGAUACUUUA